UCUUCCUGAGCGCAGCACACCCUCCUUGUGCAAGAACCUCCGGAGCCCCAGGUGCUGAGGGCUGCGGAGAACUGCAGAGACACACAACAAGCCAUGGUGUUUCUAUGGAGAUAUCAGAGUACGGAUUGGGGCUCAUGGAGCAUCCUCAAGCUGUGGGUCUGGGCAGUGCUGUACUGUGAAUUCCUGGCACACCAUGGAACUCACUGUUGGACUUACCACUAUUCUGAAAAAUCCAUGAACUGGGAAAAUGCUAGAAAGUUCUGCAAGGAAAAUUACACAGAUUUAGUGGCCAUACAAAACAAGAGAGAAAUUGAGUACUUGGAGAAGACCUUGCCCAAAAACCCUACUUACUACUGGAUAGGAAUCCGGAAAAUUGGAAAAACAUGGACAUGGGUAGGAACCAACAAGCCUCUCACUAAAGAAGCAGAGAACUGGGGAGCUGGGGAGCCCAACAACAAGAAGUCCAAAGAGGAUUGCGUAGAAAUCUAUAUCAAGAGGGAAAAAGACUCUGGGAAAUGGAAUGAUGACGCCUGCCACAAACGAAAGGCAGCUCUCUGCUACACAGCCUCUUGCAAGUCAGAGUCUUGCAGUGGCCAUGGAGAAUGUGUGGAAACCAUCAACAAUUACACCUGCAGCUGUGACGAGGGGUUUUAUGGGCCCCAGUGUCAGUAUGUGGUCCAGUGUGAGCCUUUGAUGGCCCCAGAACUGGGUGCUAUGGACUGCACUCACCCCUUGGGAGACUUCAGCUUCCACUCACAGUGUGCUUUCAACUGUUCUGAGGGAUCAGAGCUACUUGGGAUUGGAGAAACACACUGUGGACCUUAUGGAAACUGGUCAUCCCUAGAGCCAGUCUGUCAAGUGACUCAGUGCCAGCCUCUCUCGGCCCCUGAUUUGGGAGUGAUUGAAUGCAGCCAUCCCCUGGCCAACUUCAGCUUCACUUCUGCUUGCACCUUCUCCUGCUCCGAAGGAACUGACUUAAUUGGGGAGAGAGUAACUGUCUGCGGGUCAGCUGGCAUCUGGUCCAGUCCUCGUCCAAUAUGUCAAAAGACAGACAGAAGUUUCUCAAAGAUCAAGGAAGGCGAUUACAACCCCCUCUUCAUUCCGGUGGCUGUCACGGUUACCGCAUUCUCAGGGCUGGCAUUUAUCAUUUGGCUGGCAAGGAGGUUAAAAAAAGGCAAGAAAUCUCAGAAAAGGGUGGAUGAUCCAUACUAACUCAUCCUCUGUGAAAGGAAAAGUCACGAGAUGAGAUUGUACCUUUCUUGAGGGAAGAGAUUGUGCCAGACCUCUGGAGUUCCUAGUUUGUUACUUGACACUUGGUAAAUUGUUGGGACCCAGUCCAUGAGGAAAGCUGUGGGAGGAGAUUUCUGAGAGCUUGUGAGAAAUCUCCAAGCAAACAAGACGAGAGACCUGAAACCUCUGUUCCUGCGGAACUGGAUUUUUUCUUGGAAUGUACUUUCACCCUUGCCGGUGUGAACAGGAGUGGGUUUUCCUCAGAUUACCCAUCAUUUCGCCAUUAUUAUUUAGAUGAUGUUUCCAAGCACAGGUUGUCCUCGUGACUGUAUAUAACUUGAACUAACAUGCCCUUGCCCUUGUGACUGUAUAAGACAAAACUCAUGUGACCUUGUCCCCAUGACUGUAUGCUGCCUGAAUUCUCAAACUUUGCCCCUAUGACUUUGUCUAACCCUCAAAAUACAAACUUUCUGAUGCCCUGAAUAAAGAUGA